CCGCACGAGACGAGACAAUCCAAUCCAAGUAUAUUGACCGACAGCCAAAUGCUUUCCCACCUUUGUUAUGCUAGUGUUGUUCUUCGGAAUGCUGUUGCUCUGCAUUAGGGACUUCAGUUACCAGGGGCUGUAGCCCUCUAUUAUAACACAUGACGGUGAUACACUACAUGGCCUGGCGACUUCUGGCAGCACUUGGCCUAUGCAUAUCCAUUAAGCCUACGUCACACAGAGCUGUCAUGUAGGGCGUACAGACAAUGUCAGUAGGUACGAUCGUUACGAUUCACUAUGCCGUUCAAAUUGAAACUGAAAAAAAGCAAGCAAUACAGUAUUGCUUCCAAGAGCUUAUGCGUGAUCGCUGUGAAACUUCUCGAGAAUUCAACUGUCGAAUGCAUCGUAUCUUCCCGCACACUGGGUCAGGAAUGUCUGAACAACGUUUGCCAGCGGCUUCAGAUCCAACAGGCCGAAUACUUUGGACUUCGCUAUCAGAGCAAGCAAGGUGAACUUCGUUGGGUGGAUCUGGAGAGACCCCUUAAGCGACAACUGGACAAAUACUCCAGCGAGUGCACGCUCUACUUGGGUGUUAUGUUCCAUGUUUUCGACGUCGACCGCUUGCACAACGACGUCACCAGGUAUUACUACUUCUCGCACCUUAAAUCGGACGUUAUCGAAGGUAAACUGCCUUGCACCAGAGAAGAAGCGAUUCAAUUAGCCAGCUACAGCCUUCAGGCAGAGUUUGGAGAUCACCGGCCUGAGCAUCACACUCCAGACUAUCUAAAGAACUUCGUCUUGCUCCCGAAACGGAUUGACAAUCAGGAGGUAUUGUUGGAGCAGAUAGUCCAGGCACAUCGAAAUUUACAGGGGAUUCACCAUUCACUGGCAGAAGUUUACUAUAUCCUGGCUGUUCAAAGGCUAACUGGCUAUGGCGAGGAGUUGUUCCAAGUCAGAGAUGCAGCAGGAGAACAGGUUGUCCUCGGCAUCUCGGUCAAAGGUAUAACGGCAAAGCACGACACGGUCUACGGUUGGGAUGAGAUCGUAGAUCUUGUACACCAUAAGAAGAGCUUUCGGAUCGAGGCUCGUGACACGCGGUCCUCGGCUCAGUUUUAUCUCCCAGAUGUGGAGACAGCAAAGUAUGUGUGGAAGAUGUGUGUUCAACAGCACAAGUUCUUUAUGUCCGCCAAAGAGAGUGAAACAAAAGCUACCCUGCCAAGGGCAUCGUGGGACCUCAAUGGAAACCGAGCCAGUAACGCUCAGCCUGCAGAAGAAAGCAGUAACAGAGACGUUGUGCAGACGGAUGAUUGCAACAGCACUGCAGAGUCACUGAAACGAUUACCUUCGUAUCGUCAAGCUCCGGACUACGAAACUGCCAUUCGAACAAAGUAUGGUACGACAAGUGUGAGCCUCAAUGACCUCUCAAGCCACAAGAACCAUCCUCUGUUGCCUCCUUUGUCCUGCUCACAGUAUGGGAACUUUGUGGACCUCACAGAACUGAGAGACUCGCUUUCAAACUUAAAUGAAGGGCCUCCUAUGCACACGUACAGCACUCCAGAACUGGCAACAGCGCAUAUGUCGUUUCAGUACAAACCACCUCCUCCUUAUCCAUAUGGACAGAGGUCCAGCUCAAGCACACCCGACCUGACGAGAAACACCUUAGAUACUGGUCUGCUGUCUCGAAGAGCCCAUGUUGAGAUACCUUCCUUUUACGAGCAAGUGUGUGCAAAACCUAUCCACACCACAUACGUCACCAUUGGAGAGUCUUGGAGUGCGCGCACGAGCAGUGUAUCUACAGGUGAAAGAGUUCAAGCAUCUUUAGCCUCGGAACAAACUGAGGAGGCCCCAGUUGGACCCAUGAUGAUGGCAGCCAUGAAUGGCCUGGCAGUAACAAGGCCACACUCUCAAGGCGCGUACAGAAACGGUGAUGGCAACGUGGAUGCAGUCCUCGAGAGCUACCUCACAGAGGGGCAGGUUUUCCUAGAGUUUGAGAGGAUUACCAAGAAACGGCUCGAUGCAGACCUGAGCACGGCACUGAUGCCAGAGAACGCGUCUCGCAACCGGUUCAGCGACGUCUUGCCGUACGAAGAGAACCGCGUAAGGCUCACUCCAUCGACUGACAACAGAACGGGCUACAUCAAUGCGUCGCACGUGUCUGCCAGCGUGGGUGAGCAGCAGAGGUUUUACAUCGCGGCACAAGGACCCAUGGAGAGCACCGCAGAAAGUUUCUGGCAGAUGGUGUGGGAGAAUCACGUCACGGUGGUUGUAAUGCUGACCGAGACGCGAGACAACCAAGGGCGUGACAAGUGCCAUCAGUACUGGCCAAAGGACAAGGGCGAGACCCUUACGUUUGGCGCGUACCACGUCGUCUGCAAAGGGUGGGUGUCGUCGUCAGUGGCCGUGACGUCCUCGUUGGUGUUGAGUCGUCCUGCGGUGAGGAGCAGCCGCGAGGUGUGGCACCUAAGGUACACGGACUGGCCGGACCACGGCUGCCCGGGCAACGUGCAGGGAUUUCUGGGCUUCAUGGAGGAGGUGGACUCCCUGCGUCGACUUUCCCCAUGGAGCAACUCUCCAGUGGUGGUGCACUGUACGGCUGGCGUUGGCCGCACAGGUGUUGCCAUUCUCUGUGACAUCCUGCUCUUCUGCUUGGACCACAACGUGCCCAUGGAUAUACCGCGGGCGCUGACGCUGGUGCGUAUGCAGCGCAUGUUGAGUGUGCAAACACUCGCCCAGUACAAGUUUGUCUACCAGGUGCUCGUGAGACACCUCCAAGACUCUCGCCUCAUCUGAACGUGCCAAGUGGUGCCAUUUCAUUACUAGUGUCCAAUAGCCACUGUGAGACAUGUGGGAUGUCUUCUACAUGUGCAAAGGAUGUGCCUUAUUUUUGUUUUCUACAUAUUCAACGCAUAUAGCUUUACAUAAAACAAAUAACUUGAAUCUGGUAGCUCAUUACUCAUUGUAAAUGCGGGAGUAAAUAAACGAGGAAUGUCUCUCGUUA